AUGUCGUCCCCCGAAGAAUCUCCCGCCCAAAAAGCCGCUCGUCUCCGACGCGAGCGUCGCGAAGCAAAAAUCAAAGAGGGCGGUGCUGCACGGUUGGACAAAAUCACCAGUCUGAGCGGCCGCACCCCUCAACCCGGUACGAGAGCUCUCAUCCCAACUCCAAACCCACGAAGCACAGAAACUAACUGGAACGCUCGUCAAGCCCGCGAAGCCACCUCCCCCUCCCCCUCUCCCUCACCACAGCCCCCCGCCUCGAUCUCCCCCGCCCCAGAGACGCCACCUCAAGCACCCUCGCCGUCCCCUCUCGCUCGUCAACCAUCCAAUGCCGACCUCCCGCCCCCACCGGACGAUCUCCAGGCCCAGCAAGACUUCAUCCGCUCGCUGCUCCGGCAAUCCGCCCCGUCCGGCGACCAACCCGGCCCUGACAGCGACGACCCAAUGAUGAAGCUGCUCGGUUCGCUCAUGGCCGGCAUGCCGGGCGGCGAGCAGCAGGGUGCAGGCACAGGCGCAGGUUCAGGCGCAAACGGCCCAGCCGCGCCGGGGAUGUCGCCCGCAGAUCUGGCCGCGACCCUGGGGGUGCCCCCGUUCGUAGCGAGCAUGCUGGGGAUGGCGACGCAGCCCAAGUCCGCAGCGGAGGAGCGAGCGGCUCGCGUAUGGAAGACGCUGCAUGUGGUGUUUGCGAUCGCCGUCGGCGUGUAUCUGCUGUUUGUGAUUGGGUCGUCCAUUGCGACGUUUGGGAGCUCGCCGCCGCCGCCGGCUACUGCGCGGAACCCGUUCUUGUAUUUCACCACCGGGGAGCUGCUGUUGACCGGCGCGAGGGUGAUGAUUAAGAGCCGGAAUGGGGGGUUGUCGGGACCGGGGCUGUACUUGCAGCUGUUUCGGGAUGUGGUCCGUGAUGGGAGCGUGGUGGUCUUUUUGCUGGGGAUGGGCGCGUGGUGGCAUCGUGAUUGGAUGGUCAAUUGA